GCACCACCAGUUGGAGGUGGGUGGGGGCUGGUCCCGCCCUCCCCCUCUGCAAGCGACUCCUCUCGCUUCGUCUCUGGCGUGCCGACAGCUCCCCAGAGGAGGGCGCGCAGCCGGAGAGGCGGCUGAGGCCCGGGAGGGAGAGGGGAGGCGGCGGAGGGUGGCGAUGGGCGCGUGUGGGCCGUGGGGGACAGAGUCGACGCAUGGGUGGACGACGGGUGAGUUCUUUCUGAGUCAACCCUAUAUUCUAAACGCGUGGUGGGAGGGGGUCGUCACGGCAGUGGACGCACAGGGACCCAAAAUCACAGGCUUCACUGUGGAGUUUCCAGUCGCCAUGCCCCCCUUCACUCCCGCCCUCCCCUUCCCUCUCUUCUGUGGUGCCAGGGUACGGGAGAUGGGGCAGAAGCAGGUGCGGCCGUGGGGUUACGCCCGUCAAUGGUGUAUGACACACAGGGCCACCUCUGGCACCUCGUCAAGAUCAGGGGCGCGUCGCUUGCUGCUUACUGCCACUCCUCUCUUCCCUCUCUCCCCUUCCUGCUCCCACCCUUCCCGUUGCCGCUGCUUCUCCCCCUGCUCUCCCCCCUGCUCCUCCCCCUGCUCCUCUUCCUUCCCGCCCCCCCUUCUCCCUUGGCUAGGGUACAGGGAGAUGGGGCAGAAGCAGGUGCGGCCGUGGGAAUUACGCCCGUCAAUGGUGUAUGACACACAGGGCCACCUCUGGCACCACGUCAAGAUCAGGGGCGCGUCGCUUGCUGCUUACUGCCACUCCUCUCUUCCCUCUCUCCCCUUCCUGCUCCCAACCCUUCCCCUUGCCGCUGCUUCUCCCCCUGCUCUCCCCCUGCUCCUCUUCCCCGCCCCCCCUUCUCCCCUUGGCUAG